CGCACGCAGGCGCAGUGGUAUCACUGCUGUCGCUAAGCUCCGUCGCUAGGCUCCGUUGCUGGGCUCCGCCGUCACCGCCGUUUCGCCUCGUGGGUACCGGAGGCCGCCGACCCGCGGUCCCGCGGCUUUUUCUCCUGCCGCUGGGAGGAGCGGGCCAAGACUAUGUCCCGAAAGCAGGUAGCGAGGAGCCGGCCGGGUAGCGGCAGCCGGAAAGCCGAGGCCGAGCGCAAGCGGGACGAGCGGGCGGCGCGCCGGGCCCUGGCCAAAGAGCGGCGGAACCGGCCGGAGUCCGGCGGCUGCGAGGAGGAGUUCAUCAGCUUCGCCAACCAGCUGCAGGCCCUGGGGCUGAAGCUGCGGGAGGUGCCGGGGGACGGCAAUUGCCUAUUCAGAGCUCUUGGUGAUCAACUGGAGGGACACUCAAGGAAUCAUCUAAAGCACAGACAGGAGACAGUGGACUACAUGAUAAAGCAGCGGGAAGAUUUUGAACCCUUUGUAGAAGAUGAUGUUCCUUUUGAGAAGCAUGUAGCCAGUUUGGCAAAGUCUGGUACUUUUGCUGGCAAUGAUGCAAUUGUAGCAUUUGCAAGAAAUCAUCAGUUGAAUGUGGUGAUUCAUCAGCUUAAUGCUCCUUUGUGGCAGAUUCGAGGUACUGACAAAAGUAGUGUGCGGGAGCUACACAUUGCCUACCGGUACGGGGAGCACUAUGACAGCGUUCGGAGAAUCAAUGACAACUCAGAAGCACCUGCGCAUCUCCAGACUGACUUUCAGAUACUUCAUCAACAUGAAUCAAAUAAAAGAGAAAAAAUCAAGACAAAGGGAGUUGACUUAGAAGAUGACCUAAGAGAUGAAGUAGAAGAUGCUGUCCAGAAAGUUUGUAAUGCAACUGGAUGUUUGGAUUUUGAUUUAAUAGUCCAGAACCUGGAAGCUGAAAAUUAUAACAUUGAAUCUGCAAUAAUUGCAGUGCUUCAGAUGAACCAGGGGAAAAGAAAUAACACAGAGGAGAAUCCUGAGCCCAGUGGCCGAGUGCUCAAGCAGUGUGAUCCUUUAUGGGAGGAGGGCGGCACCGGCACCAGAAUCUUUGGAAAUCAGAGCUUAAAUGAAGGCAAGACUGAAAAGAGUAAGGCACGAGCCAGCCCUAGUGAAGAAAACAAAGCACAUAACCAGCUUCCAAAGGUCUCAAACAAGCACAGGAGGGAGCAGCAUCGGCUGGAGAAGAAGAAACGACAAGAGGAAAGGCAUCGUCUCAAAGCUCUGGAGAGCAGGAGCAGCCAUAGGGACAACAACAGAAGUGAAGCAGAUGUGAACACACAAGUCACCUUGGUGAAGACCUUUGCUGCUCUGAACAUCUGAGUCUCAGGCCUCCUGGGAACUGUGAGAAGCAGAGGGAAAAUGGAGUGCGGCAAACCAGGCUUUCCAGCGAGGCUAUCCUUUGACAGAAUGAAACAUAACCAACAAAACCCACACAGAAAGAAGUUCAUACUGAAUUAGUUCCUUUCAAGCUGCCUCUUUUUUGUUCAGUUUUGUCAGUGCUGCGUUUUGUUUCAUGAAAAUGCAGAGAAGGCAUUCAUAUUCUGUAAUACCAAUUUAAAAUACUGAGUUUUAGGGGUAGAUAGGUAGGUCAGGAAAAACCCUUUAAGUGUGGCUUUGUUUGCCCUCAGAAUCAGAGUUCAGUGACCCUGGGAUCUUCCCUUAACUUGGGGGGUGAGUUUUGCUGUAAUUAUUCAUGAAGUAGUUUAGAGUAAUUAUUAGAAAUUCAGAAUGAUACAUUUUUUAGUUUCUCUUUCAUUUUCAAACAGAUAUCAACAUAUAGGGUGGCUUAUAAAUGAUUUCCAUCUCAGGAAAAUACUUAGAUUUAAUUUCAUUCUUAUCUAGGUUAUUCAGAAAUUAAUUCAGAUAGUGUUUUCCCAAAGUAAUGCAAUAUGAGGGGUGGCCUGCAGCUGUCUGGGUAGAAAUUAAACAACUGUGUCUCUCUCCUUCCUGACUGAUGUCAUUUCAGAUGGUUUCACUGGAACUCAAGCCAUAGGAUGAGUGCACCUGACUGUCAGGGACUCUGCUAAGAAGUUGACAGUGGUAUUGUUUUGGGUAUUUGUUUCUCGAUGGCAGGAAGAUGGUGUGGUACUACUUGUGAGGCAGUUCUGGGAUUCUGAUUAUCUGUGGAGUAGAGUUUGUGGUUGUAAAGGGAGAUGUUGGGACUCCUGGGUUUAUGCCUAGGAAGAGCCAAAAUAGUAUUCGCUUUUAUAGGAGAGGAAAUCUGGAAGGAUAUAUAAGGGUUUUUUUGUGUUCACAAUUUAAGUAACUACAUUCUUUCCAAUGAUUCUAGACUUAGAAAAAUGCCUUCAGAGAAAUAAAAGGUAACUUGAUCAUUUAGGUCGCUACAUUUUCUUGGUGUCUUGGAAAUGAAGUCCCAUAGAAGGUGGCAUUUAAUUUUUCUUUUUUUCUUUUUUUUUUUUUGGUACCAGGGAUUGAACUCGGGACAUUGUGCUUCCGAGGCAGGUGGUGGCACCACUGAGCUAAAUUCCUGGCCCCUUGAUUAUUUUUAUUUAAGCCCCAUUGGGGAUUUUGAUGUAAGGAAAACUCCAGCUUUGCCUGAGGCUGGCAGUGACUUAGGUUAGACCAGCAGGGAAGGGACCUCCCUUGGCUAAGGCCAGCGAUUGACUCCAGAGCUCUGAUACAGAUUGAGGCAGUGGACAGAUCACAUUCCCAAAAUGGAGUGUGGUGGAUGUGAACUUUAAAAUUGUCCCAAAUGAGGUAACCAGUCUUAGACACAGGUCUUCGGUUUCUGGGAACCUAGUAUUUGGGCAAAUAAUGUAUCCCGACUCAAAAGGUAAUUUAUUUGUUGUCUCCUUCACCCCUAGAUUUCUGUUAAGACUCUGGAGGCGCAGGGUUAUGUCAUUGUCUGGGAAGGCUCUGGAUCUAUCAAAUUGUUACUGUCAGCAGCCUGUUUGCUUUCUUCAGUUUUAAUGACAUCUUUCAAAUUUUUGUUUUACUUUGGGAUCGUGUGGUUGGCGCAAGAGACUUCUCAUGCUCCCAGGACGUUGUAAUGUGGGCUUUUUCCUGGUUACAGUACACCACAGUAUUUCACAGAUUUUAGAACUGCACAGCAGUUUUUCUCUAUACAUUGGUGAGUCCACCUUUGAGACUCUAAGACUCAGUCCAAACAAGGGAAGGCACUCUGCUGCCUUCCCCUAAGGGUGUGGAGUCAGGUGCUUGAGAAUCGAGUCUUCUUUCACCUCUGGGCAGAUUCCUGGCUGGCUGAGCUUUUCUGAAUGAACAGCUUUCUUACCUGCUUUGUACUGCUUACGUGCAGAAGACUAGAUCGUCUCAGAAAGAUCAAGAUUAUGUACCAGAAACUCAGAAUUCAAAGUUAGAAAUAGUGUACAGGAGACCCAUUGUCAACAGUAGUAGAAUUGCAUUAUUAACUUGGUUAAUGAAGUGGCCUUGGGCCUUACUGGGCUUUUGAAAUUUUAGAAGCUGCUAAAGUCACUAGACAAUAUUGGGAACAUUUAUUUAUAAAUUACCUAAUUCUGAUAAUAGGCUCUAGCAUUUCUGGGGUACAAUAACAGUGGUUUUAAAAACUAAUCCAAUGAUUUUGGUAAUCUUCUUUUAUGAUCAUUUCACAGCUUUCCAGUUGGUUUUUGUUUAGUGUGUUAAUUAUUGGAAAUGGGAUACAAGCAUCCAACUUCCAUGGUACCUUCUCACUAAGGGCCUGAAUUUAGACUUCACUGCCACAGUCUCACUGAAAUGAGAGGCAGAUGGAACCCGGAGGGCUGGUUGCCUUAGCAGGCAUUGGCGAUCACUUCAUUGGCAGCCAUGUUGGAGGCCCAGUGUGUUUGGUCUUGGGGUGACAACUGUUCGUAGCUGAUGCCCCUGUGCACUUACUUGUGUGGAUCUCUACGGGGACUGAAUCCGUCAGCUUCCAGGGUCAUGUCUUGGCUACACAGGAGUAAUUUGGCCUGAGAUUGUCUUGGAAGCUUGUAGUGAAGCCAGGAGAAAGAGGAUGCAGCAAUGUUUUAUAGCUACUCACUGGCCCUGUCAACUACAUAUAAAGGUUUUGUGGAUUUUAAGAUUUUUUUUUUUUUAAAGGUCAAAAUAAGAGAAAAAAAUGUUAAAACGUUAGUGGCAACGGCUUUGAGCUAGAAGUAGAUAUAUUAAAACAACAUAACCACAACUUUUAAAUAGCAUAGUUGCCACCAGGAGAUAUAAAUGUAUAUAUAUGUAUAUUUAAUUUUUCAGUGACAUAAACAUACACUUUCAGGAAGGAAAUCUGCUUGAGAAAUUGUGGCAGAAGAAUCCUCAAUGUUAGAAGUUGUCGAUAGUCUCUUUUGUAAGCUCUGGAACACUUCUAGGCCAGUUUUGAUUAUGAGAGCCGGGAAGUGGGCUCUCCCCUGUGGAGCCGCUGGAGCUGUAACACUGCCCACUGCCCUUCUUCCCUGGGGAAUUGGUACAGUGUGAAGUGUGGCGGGGUGUGGGGGGCCACUGGGAGGGACCUUGUGCAGGUGAGGUGAGAGUUGCUCACACGUUAUGUGGUCGAAUUGGGUGGACUUUGGCAGUGGACCACACUUACAGUGAGACCCUGUAGUCAAUGUGCAGUUUCUCCCCUUUUGAGAAACUAGAGUCUGCCUGUGUUUUAUUGGGUCGACAUAGAAUGCCCUCAGUCUACCUCUGAAAUGUUCAGCUUCAACAUUUUAGUUUGACACAGAGAACACUUGCAUCCCUGGUCAGAAGUGAUGAAUUCCCAUCCUGACUGGGGGUGCUUUGAGAGCAGGAAGAGGAUGGGGCUUCCUGAUUGUGCUGCCUCUGCAGCCCUCCCGAUGCCCAUGUUGGGCAGAUACAUAGCCCUUCACCUCUGUACCUCAGUGGACGCUCUGCUUCUCUCCUGGAGCCUCAGGGUUUGACGCAGUGUCUCAGUUUUGUCAUUCUCAUUAGGUGAGGUUUUAUUUGCCUUCACUUGGAGACCAGGGGUUUGCUCAAACUCUGGGCCUUCCUUCCACAGUCUUCUGAUCUUAUUUAAUAAUGGGACUUUUUACGUUCUCCUGUCAUCCUUGAAUUGAAGAUCUAAAUGCAUAUUGAAGUUAUAACAAAUCUGCCCUCACGUAUUAGAAGGGGGAAAUUGAGCAUUUCUGGUAAUGGAGAUAAGAGUGAGUCUCUGUGGUAAGCAUGAAUCCAGUGUGUAACUCCCACCCCUCUGAGGCUGGGCACAGGAAAGACCCAUGCCUUGUGGUCAGCCUGGCCCUCCUCUUUUGUCUCCCAGCUAAAAUUCCCUUUCAGAACCUCAGGCUCUUAACAGUUUCUUCCAAGCAGUUCUUUCUAGAGGCUCUCUGUUUAACUGUCCUCAUAAGGACUACUUUGUAGCUCAAUUAAAAUGUUGAGUACCUUUUCGAAGUUACUUGAGAAGGGGCUGGUUCAGUGCAAGGAUAAUUCCCACAAAAGCACUUACUUUUGCACAGUGAGUUUAAUCAGGGCAUACCCAUGAUUUGGAGUUUCUUCUCGCUGUGCUGAGCUUCAUGGAAGUUCCUGAUCACUGGAGGAAACCUCUGGGGUCUGGCUCUCAUCCUUUGUCUGUCAACAUCUAGCAGGUCCCUGAUGCCAGCUGACCAUGACAAUCACUCAAGCUCAGUCACAGACCUCUGCCUGGGGUUUGAUCCCCUGGCAAGUUUCUCAGCUGAAACUUGAGCCAAGCUGAUGUGAGGCUUCUCACGUCUUCCCACCUCUGAGGUUCAGUUCCCACGGCACCUGCCCUCCCAGCAUCCCUCACCAGCACUAAGCUCAGAGAAGGGGAGAAGAGAGCCGGGGAUCGGACUUGGCACCUCUGUGCUCCCCUUCCUGGUUCCAAAGUGCCAGUGUGCUCAGUCUCCUUGGGAAGGAGGGCAGGAGUGUCUAGGGAAGGGGCCUUCUCUUUGUCCUAAUUGCACUAUUCUUGUUCUAGCUUCGGUCUGAAGAUAUUUAAGACCUCCAUGGGGUCAUGAUCUGUAGACUUAGCAAGUCUGCCUUAUCUAUGGAGCUCGGGGUGAGAAAUAUGACCAUAUCUGAUGUCCAUAGUUCAUUUCCCCUAGGCUGUUUCUUUCGUCAGAUUUGUGUUCAUCUGAACCAUUUUAUUUUUUAUUUACCAAAGUACUGUACUUGGCUAUUUGCAGUGUUUUCAAAACCAAAUGUUUCUGUUUGUGUUUUUAAUCUUCAAUACUUGGUGCAAUAGAAGCUGCAAAGAUGUGCCACUUUAUCUAUGAAAUGGAGUUUUGUAUACUAAUAAAUUCUAGUUUGAAACCAAA